CAAACUACAUACGAUAGAAGUCUCUCUCUUUCUAACAGUAACAGCCUUCACUUUAGACUUCGAAAACCACACAGCUCUCUCUCUCUCUAAACCAGUAUCGGUACCAAUUCCAUUUUCCUUCUUAUUUCUUAGAGAGAAACGGCAUAGGAAGAAGAUAAGAGUGUUCAGUCUUUUCUUUCCAUGGCUGAUACAACAGCCAGCAAGCACCUUUCUUCUACUAAUGGAGGAAACAUCAUUACAGAUAUGAAGAACCUAUCUUCUCUUCUUAAAACAAGGACAACUGUGACUUUUGCGUAUGGGUUCAUGCUUGCUUUUGUUGCUUUCACCAUUUUCUUGGCAUUUAGUCCUUCUCCAAACUCAUCUUCUCCUUGGUUCACUAAUAUUUUCAGUAGCAGUGCUAGCACUAGUACUGCUUCUCCUGAUUCUUCUAUUUUCUCUUACUUAUUACCCAACAACACACCUACAGCAACCACCACCCCACGAGGGCAAGGCCACGAUUCCUCUUCAUUGCCUUCACAAAACACCACCAGAAUUAAUAACACCUUGUCUCAGCCACCCAAUACCAAGGCAGAAGCUAAAGUCCCACCAAGUGCAAAAAACCUCACUCCAAGCACGGUUUUGCAACCACACCAGACCGCAAAUUCUUCAUUUGUCAUUAAAGAGCCGGACUUUGCAAAUAAUCAAACUCAAACCGCACCGAAUUCUAAUGAAGGUCAAGUCUUAAAGCCAAAUCAAACCACAGUUGCAGUCCCAAGUACAACCCAAUUAGCAGCAAAUCAAAGUGAAAAUACCCCCACAAAGUCAGGCCCUUUCGUGAAGAAAAAUUCCGGGGAUCAAGAGAAAGGAGAUGUCAAGAGUGUGGCAUCGAAUUUCACUGCUUCACAUUUGAAGAAACAAAGUAAUGUGACCAAACAGAGCAAUGAGACUGAUUCAGGGGUGGAUGUGAAGCAGGGGAUUGAUGAUCUGGUGAAUUGCGAUUUUUUUGAUGGGAAAUGGGUUAAAGAUGAUUCAUAUCCACUUUACAGACCUGGGUCUUGUUCAUUGAUUGAUGAGCAGUUUAAUUGUAUACUUAAUGGCAGACCUGACAAAGACUACCAGAAAUAUAAAUGGAGGCCUCAAGGGUGCACUUUACCAAGGUUGAAUCCUGGUCAUAUGCUGGACAUGUUGAGAGGAAAGCGGCUUGUUUUCGUCGGUGAUUCCCUGAACAGGAAUAUGUGGGAAUCUCUGGUUUGUAUUCUAAAAAGCUCAGUGAAAGAUCAAAGCAAGGUUUUUGAAGUGAAUGGAAGGGUCCAUUUUCGAGGGGAAGCUUCAUACUCUUUUCUAUUCAAAGAUUAUAACUGCACAGUUGAGUUCUUUGUAUCGCCUUUCUUAGUUCAAGAAUGGGAAUUGCCUGAAAAAGAUGGAUCAAAGAAGGAGACACUUCGGCUUGAUUUGGUGGGGCGGUCUUCUAGUCAAUAUAAAGGUGCAGAUGUCAUCGUCUUCAAUACUGGACACUGGUGGACGCAUGAUAAAACUUCCAAAGGGAAAGAUUAUUACCAAGAAGGGAGUCAUGUGUAUGAUGAGUUGAAUGUUCUGGAGGCCUUUCGAAAAGCUUUGACAACAUGGGCCAGAUGGGUUGAUGCAAAUGUAAAUCCUAUGAAAUCUCUGGUGCUCUUUAGAGGAUAUUCUGCUUCCCAUUUCAGUGGUGGACAAUGGAAUUCUGGUGGGCAAUGUGACAGCGAGGUUGAGCCCAUAAAAAAUGUUACAUACCUUAGGGAGUAUCCACCAAAGAUGCUGGUUCUUGAGAAAGUGCUGAGAAAUAUGAAAACCCAUGUCAGAUACCUAAAUGUCACACAAAUGACCGAUUUCCGGAAGGAUGGUCACCCUUCAGUGUACAGGAAGCAGAACUUGUCUCCCGUGGAAAGGAAAUCACCAUUGCUUUUCCAAGACUGCAGCCAUUGGUGUCUUCCCGGUGUGCCGGAUGCAUGGAAUGAGAUUCUCUAUGCGGAGCUUUUAGUAAACGAGAAAAAGAAGCAGCAAACGCAGAAGAGGCAAUAGGUAAAGCAAGGAAAGGCCACGCAAAUUUUGAGGGUGCAAAAAAAAAAGGUAAUAUGGGGUUUAAACUACAUGUACAUGCAGUAUAGCUUUCCUUUCCCUUCAAUUUUGGGUUAUAGAAACAAAGAAACUCAGGGAAGAUCCAAGAAAUAGUGUUGUUUUCUCCAUGAAUUAUGAGAGAAACAAGGCAAGAGACGAGUGUAUGUGCUUCUAAUAAUAUAAAUCUAUUUGUUUAUAUAUAUACAUACAUGGAAGAGGAGAAAGAUGAGAGAAGAGAUUGAAGCUGAAGUUUACACUCUUGUUUCCUAAACUAUUAUUCCAUUAACCUCAAAUUAAGGCUUUGAGGGUUGUAAAUGUUCAAAUUAAUUACUAAGUUUCUUUUCAAUAAAGAAAUAGUGGGCUAUAAUUAAUAA